AUGCUUGCGCCCACGUGCGCAGGUGGCGUCCAAGCCAUCCGGUUACUAGGCAACGGGCUGCCCCAGCGGGAAGCUACUGAGCGGAAUGCAGGGGAGAAGGCAGUUGGGAAGAAAAGAGAGCUUGAGCAGCAGAAAUGCGCCCGGCCGCACACCCGCACACCGGCCCACCCCAGGAAAGUGCCGCCUCCAUCCCUGCGCCAGGCUACAGCUUCCAGCCCCCAAGCCGCCGGUCCAGCCGCCGCUGCGUGGCCCCAGCGCGCCCUCUGGUGGCGCUUAGAGCAUCGGCGUCCCGAAUCCCCGCGCCCCGCCUCCCUGCUCCCAACACCAAAAGCCAUGUCUGGUUCUGCUGCAGAAAAGCAUCAUCAGGAAAGGGAUGAAGUUGACUGCGUCCUCCUUUCAGCGUCCAAGAUCCUAAACUCCUCUGAGGGGGCAAAGGAAAGUGCUGGCAGUGAGACAGAAAAUGGCUGCACAGCAGAAUCAGAAAAUCAAGUUCAACCACAAUCAGCACUGAAAGCCCUUCAGCAUCAACUGGAAUCAUUUCAGGCUCUCCGAAUACAGACUUUGCAGAAUGUCAGCAUGGGUAACUGGAUUGUCAGAGAGGAAAAGAAGGAAAUUCCUGUCCUGAAAACCCUAAAAGGCGUGAGUUUGCCCCCAUACUUCUGCAACAUCCCAUUUCCCCCUACAGAGAAUGAAGAAGAAAUCCUCUCUGUGGACAAAAUUCAUCAUUUUGAGGACUCGAGGACUCUCCCUUCAAUAGAAGAAAAAUUCAGUAGCAAUAAUGUCAACAGUCUCUCUCCAAGUGUAAAUAUGCCACCCCAGAUACAUUUCAAGGACAUAUUAACUCUAAGAACUUCAAUGGAUAAUCCAGCCUCAAACAUGAUUAUGAACACUUCAGAAAAUUCUGACAUGUUGAAGAAUUAUAACAUUUAUAGUUUUCUAGCUAACGCACCUCAAAAUGUUAUGCCUCGAGCUGAUACAGUAAUUCUGGAUAAUUCCAAGAUUACUGUGCCUUUCCCCAAGCACGGAUUUCGUGAAAAUUUAGAUGAUAUUUGCCAUUCUAUCAAGCAAAUGAAGAAAGAGCUGCAAAAGUCACACGACAGGGAACUGGCACUUACAAAUGAACUUCAAACUUUAAAGAUGGAUACAAAUGUUCAAAGUAAUACUCAAUAUGACCUGUCCCCCAUUCACAAGGAAAAAAUUAACUUUAUUAAGGAUGAAAAUAUGGAAAGUACCUUAAAUGAAGAUAUAAAAUCAAAGCGAAUUUUAGAAUUAGAGGCAUUAAUAAGCAAAUUACUCCCACUCAGGGAAUCAGUGUCAAAAUUCCAUCUGAAUUUUUGUAGGAAAUGUAAAAAAUUGUCUAGGAGUGAAACACAUAGGGGAAAGAAGAAUGAGAAAAACAAUAAAGAAAUUCCUACCACUGACAAGAAUACUGCAGAUUUAAAAUUCCAUUCCAGACUUCCAUUUACACCACCAUUCUUUGACUCAACAAAAUAUGAAAUGAAAGACAAAGAAAGGCAACCACUUGUAGUAAAACGAGGACCAAUAAUAUUUGAAAAUGAGAAAACAUCCAAAGUCAAUUCCAUGACUGAGCAGUGUGUUGCAAAAAUUCAGUACUUACAGAAUUACCUAAAAGAAUCUAUACAGAUACAGAAAAAAGUAGCAGAGCUGGAGAAUGAAAAUCUAACCCUUAAGACCAAAAUAAAACCACUGAUCUUUACCACACAAUCUCUGAUACAGAAAAUUGAAAUAUAUGAAAAGCAACUUAAGGAUUUGGUUGAAGAAAAGAACACUGUUCAGUCCCAAUUAAUUAAAACAGAAGAAGAUGGCAAAAACUGUACUGAAGAAUUGAAAAAAGUAAUUAGUAAAUAUAAUGUUCUCCAAGGACAAAAUAAAACUCUAGAGGAAAAAAAUAGUCAACUUUCUUUGGAGAAACAACAAAUGUUAGAAACAUUAGAUAAACUAAAAAAUAAAGAACAGAAAACUCAAAAUGAUAUGGCCAUUGUCAAUAAUGAAUAUAAUCGAAUGAGCAUAGAAAUGGAAUCCAUGAAAACAAAUAUUCUAUUGAUACAAGAUGAAAGGGAAAUGUUAGAGAAGAAAACCUACCAGCUUCUAAAGGAAAAAAGCUCACUUGAAAAUGAACUAAAAGAAAACCAGCUAGAGGUAGUGCAGCUGAAAGAGAGAGAAAGAUUGGCAAAAACUGAACAUGAGGCACUGCUUCAAAUAAUAGAAACAGUCAAUAAUGAAAAACUUAGUCUUGAAACAGCAUUACAAGAAUCUACUGCUGCCAGGCAAAUGAUGGAAAGAGAAAUUGAGAACAUGCAAACAUACCAGUCUACUACUGAAGAGAAUCUCCUGAAUGAAAUAAAAAAUGCAAAAUCAGAAGCAAGUAUUUAUAAGAAUAGUUUAUCCGAAAGGGGCAAUGAAUGUGAAAUGUUAUCUAAAAUGGUCAUGGAAAUUAAAACAGACAAUCAGAUUCUAAAAGAAGAACUAAAGAAACAUACUCAAGAAAAUAUACAAUUUGAAAGCAGCAUCAGUAGACUUGCAGAAGACAAAAUACUUUUAGAGAACUACGUGAGAAGUAUAGAGAAUGAGAGGGACACCUUGGAGUUUGAAAUGCGGAAUCUUCAAAGAGAAUACUUAAAUCUAAUGCAAAAAAUCUGUGGUCAGCAUGGUGACCUGUCAAAAAUGGGUUACAUAUCAAGAAGAGAGAAAUUCCAUCUUGACAGCUAUGAUACUUACGAAGACACCUCCGGUCCCAGGAGUAGGCCUUUAGCUCCUGAAUUGAAAGGUAUGUACAUUGUGGGGGAUUAA